CUGACGUUGACGUUUGUUCAGAUGAUUUUGGCCUGGUACUGUAACUUACAGAGUAAAUAGGUUCGAAAUUAAUUUAAACUGAAAAAUGACUGAAACAGAGGAAUAUAAAUGCGUUAAUUGCGGCGAAAGGGCUGCGGCACUAUAUAGAACUUAUGGCCCAACAGUUUUGAAGCUAACUAAAUGCGAAAACUGUAAAGGAGUGGUUGAUAAAUACAUUGAAUAUGAUCCAGUAAUAGUUAUGAUUGAUCUGGUGCUGAUGUCCAAAGAGGCACAGAGGCAUGUCUUGUAUAACACCGAGUUUAAGUCUUAUUGGAAAUUAGUCAUAAUAUUGAUUAUGCUAGAAACAUAUGGGGUUUGGCGUAAUGACAGUCUAUUCAACAUUGCUGUGAGCUCCGUCUGUGGUUUUGAUAAUAAUUCAACUAAUGUAAGUAUUCCAGUGAACUUAUCCAGUGCGGUCCCGGACCCUUGGAAGAGUAGUUGCUGGGCAUGGAUGUAUGAAGAAAAGGGUGAAGAAGACAAUGACCUGUUCAUUUGGGAGAAAGACUUCUAUGUACAGUUCCUGUCUAUACUUUCAGGUAUCAUUGUAUUUAUUGGCACAGGUGAAGUUUUGAUGCGGCUGGCAACACUAUUUACUACGAGAAAUAAAGUGCCCCUCUCAAGAGCGCUGAAAGCAUUCUCCCUGGCAGACGUGAGCAUCCUAUUCACGCUGCCCAUGCUGGUGUGGGGAGCUGACACGUCAGCAGACACAAGAAUCAUACAUUUUGGACUGGUCUACAUAUACAGUUUUCUCGUGUUUCUUAACAUUUUUACAGUGGUAUACGAGUGUCCAGUGCUGCCAUCUAGCCUCAUUCUCAUCGUAUGCAAUAUAGCCAAGUACAUCACUAGUUUUCACGCGACGGCCAUUUUGAGAAGACUGUUUACCUAACAAAAACAAGCAGUCCGACUGCAACCAAGGAUGAGGCUAAAACAGAUUAUGUUCGUUCAAAGAAGGCAUUAAGUUUUCACCAAGACCAAAAUAAUAUUGUGAUUGUUAUUUGUAAGUAAGAAUAAUAAAUUAAAUUUAUAUA